AUGCCUGUCAUCACAAGCGACACUGAGACCAUGUCGCCUCCGGUGGAGACCCCUCUAGCACGUGAUGACGAGUCCAACAUGGUUGAUAGUCCUGCUAAUGCCAAGUUCAAAACCCGACGUUCUGUUGCUUGCAAAAGUUGUCACAAUUUAAAGGUCAAAUGUACUCCAGCUGAUGAGUCUAAUCCUAGUGGACCAUGUAUUCGAUGUAUGAAUGCUAAACGGAAAUGUGAGAUCGACUUACAUCAACCACGGAAACGGAGAAGGAAAGCCGAGGUUUUAGCCGCUGCUGCCAAUGGAGUAGGAAAGAGCCACCAAGACGGCACUGGCUAUGAGAACGCACCGGCUACUGUUAGCCCUGUGAAUACUAUUACAACUACUACUACCGGUACUACUCUUACUACUACUAGCAAUGGCAAUGAUAAUGGCAAUACGACCGGUUCCACAGGUGCUAACUCCGUUCCCGUUGUUGACGAGUACAAGUCAGAUAAAGAUCAUAUCAAGGCAUUACAAGACCGAGUUCGGCUCCUAGAAGCUCAACUCAACGGUUCAACUUCUACAACGGACUCUCAUCCGUUUGUGUGUAAAAAGGACAUAGAAAAGGAGCUCAUGGCCUUCUCGGAAAUCAAUUUGGAGGAUAUCACCAAAUAUUUACGGUUCUUUGCCGAACAAAGAAUAGCCCAGACCCUGGACUCGGUAGUAGACGUGGUCAGUAUGGGUAUCAUCACAAUGGAGGAAGCAAAGGUUCGGUAUGGAAUCUAUAAACAAAUGUACAACAGUUAUCCUAUGGUUGAUAUCCCGGAGAAUAUGGAUUGUGAGGAUCUUAGGGCUCGAUACCCUAUCUUCUUUAACGCGAUGAUGUCUGUGUCCAAUGCGCUUUAUCAAUCGGAUUACAACGAUUUAGUCCGGUCUAUGCAAUUGGAUAAUGAAGCUACCAAAACUGUGGCCCUCGAAUCAAUAGUGAAGGGUACCAAAUCUCAGGAGCUAGUGAAAUCUUUACUUCUCUUGUGUCUUUGGUAUAACUCCGCAGAAUUGUUCAGACAACGUCGUUACCAUUUACUUAACGGAAUCUGUGUAACGUUGUUCCAUGAUUUAGGUGCCACCGGGAAACCUCAAUAUUCUUUUAAGAAUGAUCUGGCCACAAUGUCAAUGUCUUUUGCGCAGGAUGCAAGCAUAGAAUAUCGAGGUCUUAUCCUUAUAGUUUAUGUCACCACUGUUUCCAUUAGUUUAAUAUUGAGACGAAACAUCUCGGUAAAGUGGACUUCUUAUGUUGAAGACUGCUGUGCACAUUUGGAAGAUUCCGGUAACCCGAGAUACACCCGUACGGCUUUAAUGGCCAGAUUGUGUCGCGAAUUAGAUCGGAUUCAUCAUAGCAUCCAUCAAUGUGAUUCAGCCGCGUCGUCUUCAAGUACAAUCAAGUUUCUUAAUACGGAGUUUGAAAAUAAUUUGCGCUCCAUAUUGCGAAGAAUCGGACCAAAGGAUCAUAUCUUAUUGUCAUACUACUAUACCAUUGAAGCCUAUUUACAUGAACCCAAAUUGAAGGAGAUCUUUAAUACCACCGAUAUCAAAGUUGAAUCCGUAAAAUUCGAUGAAUACAAAAUGAAGCAAGUUUCAAACUGUACAGUAUCCUGUUUGAAUGCCAUUAACGAAUUUAUAUCCCUAGGUCCGGAUCAAGUGGCUUUAGCUCCAUUGUUUUCUUCAUGUCGAAUCGUUUACACGGCAGGAAUGCUUUUACGACUCCGGUUUCUAAUUUUAUCCGUGCCUUCAUUGAUUGAUAAAUCUUUGGUUCCAAUACAAGCAAUUCAAUGUGUUCUGCAGUUACUUUGUCUUCUUGAUGAAGCGGCCAAGUUGCAUCUUAAUAAUCACUUUCUAAAUAAAAUUAGGUUGAUCCUAAGAUUAUUCGUUCAAACUUAUGUGACCCAGGUAAGAGGUUUACUCAAGAGUAAUGGCGAGACUCCUCAAAACUUCAAGUCUACAAUCGAAGAUACAGAUCACAUAGCACCUCAAUCAAUGGAAGGCAUGCCGAACACCAAUGUUCCAUUGGACUUGUUAUCCUACGCUGCUUCCUUUAGAAGAGAUGACAAGGGAGACGGUCAAAACAUAUCAAGACAUACGCCAAUGGAUACACAUACAACACUUUCUCAUGCCCCUUCGGCUCUUCCUACAUUGAAUGGAGCAGAAGACCAAUCUUCCAUUGGGAGACCUAGAGGAUUGGUCCAAGUAUUGCAUAAGGAUAUAGGCAAACUUCAGCCUACUUUGAAUCAAAAUCAAGGUGGACUUUUACCCCACCGAACCCUGGUUUCUCAUUUACCUCCUAUUCGGAUUCCAACGCCUAAUGGUUCUAUUUGUCAUCAAGGUGGUGAAGUCAAUGGAGGUAGUGCAAGUGGUGGAGUUUCUGCUUCGUCAGCUUCGCAAACUCGAUAUUCUGAUCCUUCAACCGUUGGACCAUCUACAACGAUGUUCUCUAGUGCAUCAAUGCCUGUUACGGGUGGGUUAGUUGAACCAUCCGGUAAGCCAGAUUCCAGUUUCUUCAACUUUGAUCUCAUUAAUACUAAUCCUCUUGAUUCUACAAUGUCAAUUAAUGAAGAAUUUUGGGGCGAUCUUCUCAGCAGUAAUGACGCUAAUACAUUGAACUUCUCCCGCAGUAAUAAUGACUACCAAAACCAAGUGGAUUUGUUCUUCCGAUGA